AUGGCGACCCCGGGCAUGGGCUGGCAGCAGCCGCAGCACGGCUACGGCGGCGGAUCCGCGCCCGGAGCGGGAAAACUCGGCUCGGCACAGGCGGGGCUGGGCGCCGAGCACAGCCCGGACCUGCACUUCAAAAUGAGCAAGAAAAUCGCUCAGCUGACGAAGGUAAUAUAUGCUUUGAACACUAAAAAUGAUGAACAUGAAGCAGCUAUCCAAGCCCUUAAAGAUGCUCAUGAAGAAGAAAUCCAACAAAUUCUUGCAGAGACCAGAGAGAAGAUCUUGCAGUAUAAAAGUAAAGUGGCAGAAGAAAUGGAUCUCAAGAGAAAGAUUCAGGUUUUGGAAGAGUCACUGGAAGAUCACAAAAAGAUGAAACAUCAGGCCUUGACAGAAUUUGAAGCAUAUAAAGGUAGAGUUGAAGAUAUGCAGCUUUGUGCAGAAGCUCAGCAUGUCCAACGUGUAGUGACCAUGUCAAGGGAAGUAGAAGAGAUCAGAAAGAAAUUCGAGGAAAGGCUGCGAAGUUUCAUACAGUUGCAAGUGCAGUAUGAGAAGGACAAGCGUACAGCGCUGGAAGACUUAAAAGCUGCCCACAGGCUUGAAAUUCAAGAACUUCUGAAGACUCAUCAGAGUCAGAAUGCUACUUUAAGUAAGGGACAAGAGAAACUGGAGGAAUUGCAUAGACUGGAGCUGGAAGACUUGAACAGUAAAGUUGAAGAGUUAAGGCUGGAAAAAAAAAAGCUCAUUGAGGACUAUGAAGGCAAACUCAGCAAAGCACAGUCCUUUUAUGAACAUGAACUUGACUCUUUGAAAAGAUCUCAGCUUUUUACAGCAGAAAGUCUACAUGCUUGCAAAGAGAAAGAAGUGGAGUUAAGAAAAGAAUUUCAGAACCAGGAAAGUGUGUUACGGAAGAAUCUGGGGAAGCUUAAAACUGAAUUGCAGAUGGUCCAGGAUGAAGCUGCCAGUCUACGGGAAAAAUGCCAAAAACUUCAGGUGGCUCUUGGUACUGCAGAAAACAAUGUUCAGGUUCUUCAAAAACAGCUAGAUGAUGUGAAGGAGGAGGAGAUGUCAUUGUUAAGCAAACACAAAGAAGUGGAAAGCGAGCUUGCAGCUGCUAGAGAGCGCUUACAGCAGCAGGCCACUGAUCUUGUUCUCAAAGCCAGUCACAUUGGAAUGCUUCAAGCUACUCAAAUGACUCAAGAAGUUACAAUCAGAGACUUGGAAUCAGAGAAGGCUAGAUUAAAGGAAAAAUUGUCCCAGCUGGAAGAGGAAAGAAAUUUAUUACAAAGCAAAACACAGAGUCUGGAUGAGCGACAAAGGCAGCAAAUUCUGGCAUUGGAGAAGAAAGUAAAUGAAGCAAGGGAAACACAACGUGAAUAUUAUGAGAAGGAGCUGGUAAAAUUACAAGCAAGAUUGGAAGGAGAGGCUGCACAGUUAAAGGAGGCUCAUUCCAAGACCUUAGAAGAAUUGGCAUGGAAACACCAUACUGCAAUUGAGGCUGCACACAGUACUGCUAAUAAGGAUAAGAAGAAACUGCAGAUGGAGUUGGAGCAGCAGUUUGAGAAAGAGAAACUGCAUUUGGAGGAUGAUAAGAAUCAGCUCCGACAGCAGCUGGAAAACGUGAAGGAAGAGCUGACAACGAAGCUGACUUCUGCCAAUCAGGAGGUGUGUCGUCUGCAAGACCUAGUACGAAAAAGUGAGCAAGGCCUCGGGACUGCAGAAGGACACAUCUCCAGUCUUCAAGAAGCUCAGGAAAUACUCCAGAAAGAACUAGAAUUAACGAGAGCAAGACUGCGAGAGACCACAGAUUCACUGUAUAGUGUUGAGGGAGAACUAGAUCAGGAGAGACAACAGCACGAGGCAAUGAUUGCUGCCAUGAGAGAGGAGGAAAAGUUCAAAGUUGACAGAAUGGCACGUGACUUGGAAAUAAAAUGGACAGAAAAUCUUCGGCAAGAAUGUAAUAAGCUUCGUGAAGAGCUGAGGCUGCAGCAUGAAGAGGACAAGAAGGCAGCCAUGACUCAGCUGUUGCAGCUGAAAGAACGUGAAAAAAAUGCAGCAAGGGAUGGAUGGCAAAAAAAGGUCGAAGAUCUUUUAGACCAGAUCUCCUUACUGAAGCAGAAUCUGGAGAUGCAGCUUUCCCAGUCACAGAGCUCUUUGCAACAGCUGCAAGCCCAGUUCAGUCAGGAGCGACAGAGACUGACUCAGGAGAUCCAGGAAUUAGAAGAAGAGCAUCAGCAAAGGCAUAAGUCACUUCAGGAAGCCCAUAUCCUUGCCUUUCAAAACAUGGAAGAAACAAAAGAGCAAGAACAAAAGGAGUUAGAAGAACGUUUACAACAGAAGCACUCAGAAGAACUUCAUGCACUGAAAGAAACACAUAAACAAGCCAUGGAAGGCUUUAAAUUGGAGAUGGAACAGGAACUUCAGACUCUACGAUUUGAGCUAGAGGAUGAAGGAAAAGCUAUGUUAGCUUCCUUGCGCUCAGAGCUCAACCACCAACAUGCAGCAGCAAUUGACCAGCUGAGGCACAACCAUCAACAAGAACUGGUAGCUGCCAAAAUGGAGCUUGAAAGAAGCAUAGAAAUUGGCAGGCGACAGGAAAAAGAAUUUUUAUGCCGAAUAUCAGAUCUACAAGAUGAGCUGAGACACCGAGACCAUCAUAUAGCUGAACUGGACAAAGAGAUUCUGCAUCUUCAUGAAAAUAUAAGUGCAUUGACAAAGGAAUUAGAGUUUAAAGGGAAAGAAAUUCUUAGAAUACACAGUGAAUCAAACCAACAGAUCAGGAUGCAUGAGCAAGAUUUAAGCAAGAAACAUGAGACAGAGCUGGAUGUCUUGACAGCAGAUCACAUCAGAGAGAAACAAAGCAUGCUGGCAGAUUUUAAUAAGACCCAAGAGCUUCUCAAGGAAAUUAAUUCAGCUUUACAAAUUUCUUUAGAAGAAAUGGAAGAAAAAUAUAAAAACAGAGAAUCAAGACCAGAAGACUUGCAGCUUAUCUCAGAACUGAAAGACCUAAUUGCAGAGCGGGACCAACUCAUAAAGAAAUUGAUUGAGGACAAAAAGUUCUAUCAGCUGGAGCUAGUAAACAGGGAGACUAACUACAACAAAAUGUUUAAUGCAAGCCCUAAUGUUGGUGUUAUUAAUCCAUUGGUGAAGCAAAAGAAGAAGAACGAUAAAUCAACAAACAGGUUUGUGAGUGUGCCCAAUCUAAGUGCUCUGGAAUCUAGCGGAGUGGUGGGCAAUGGACAUCCAAACCGCCUGGACCCCAGUCCUAACUCACCCAUCCACGAUAUUGAGUUCAACAGCAGCAAACCACUACCACAGCCAAUGCCACCCAAAGAGCCCAAGACGUUUUUGAGCCCUCCUCAGACUGAUGCCUCACCAGUGGCUUCACCAGACCCACAACGCCAGGAGUGGUUUGCCCGAUACUUUACAUUCUGAGAGAUGAUUUGUUUUUGUGGCACAGUGUGAUGUGGACUGUUUAUAAGAGCAUGACCUUAAGUAAACCCUCAUGUGAACAAGCUUUUCUGUAAUUUGUCAAACACUGUGAAUGAGAAAGUAUUUGUCUUUCUGAUUUAAAACUGCACUGUAUUUCAUGUUAUAUUUGUUGGAAUCACCUGACAUGGUACUAUACAAUAUGUGUAAUUAUAACUAUUAUUUUUAUUUAAAAUGGAAGAAUCUUUAAACUUUGUAAUUACUACAUAAUAAAUUUUGGUAGAACAAACAUAAUGCUUUCCCCCUUUUUCCUAUAAAUGUGUUUUCUUUGAUUUCAGGUAAGGCUUUUCCUCCCAAAUAACAUAAUUGCAUGGUUACUAUAAAUACAACUUGAAUUGUAAAAGGAAAAAUAUAUAUCUCUCACUCUCUCCAAUUUGGGUGGGAUAUGUCUAAUGAAUCCCACUUCAGUUACUUUGUAGCAGUUUAAAAACCUCUGGCUAACAUUUAAA